AUGAUGGUGAAAAGUGGCAGUGAUGAUGAUGAUAAUGAUGAUGAUGAUGGUAACAUAAUGAAUUAUAUAGCAUCUUUCCUGGCUGAAGUAGCCACGGGGAAGCUGCACUCUAAUUCCGACAAAGGUGAUGGAUCAGUCAAAUACAUUCUUACCGGUGAAGGGGCUGGGACUAUCUUUAUUAUUGAUGACACGACUGGAGACAUCCAUUCAACCAAAAGCCUAGAUCGAGAAAAGAAAACACACUAUGUGCUACACGCCCAAGCUAUUGAUAGAUGGACAAACAAGCCACUUGAGCCUGAAUCUGAGUUUAUUAUCAAAGUACAAGAUAUCAAUGACAAUGCACCCAAAUUUACAGAUGGACCAUAUAUUGUUACUGUGCCAGAGAUGUCUGAUAUGGGUACUUCAGUCCUUCAGGUGACAGCUACAGAUGCAGAUGAUCCCACCUAUGGAAAUAGUGCCCGUGUAGUUUAUAGUAUUCUUCAAGGGCAACCAUAUUUCUCUGUUGAUCCUAAAACAGGAGUCAUAAGAACAGCUCUGCAUAACAUGGACAGGGAAGCCAGAGAACAUUAUUCAGUUGUCAUUCAAGCCAAAGAUAUGGCUGGACAAGUUGGAGGGCUAUCAGGAUCAACCACAGUAAAUAUCACACUCACGGAUGUCAACGACAAUCCUCCCAGGUUCCUUCAGAAACAUUAUCAGCUGUAUGUUCCUGAAUCAGCACAGGUUGGUUCUGCUGUAGGCAAAAUCAAGGCCACUGAUGCAGACAUAGGGUCAAAUGCAGACAUGAAAUACAGUAUCAUAAAUGGGGAUGGUUCUGGAAUAUUUUCUAUAUCAACUGACAAAGAAACACGGGAAGGAAUUAUUUCCUUGAAGAAGCCACUCAACUAUGAAAAAAAGAAAUCCUAUACUCUUAGCAUAGAAGGAGCAAAUACCCACCUCGAUUUCCGCUUCUCACAUUUAGGACCCUUUAAAGAUGUGACUAUGUUGAAGAUCGUUGUUGGAGAUGUGGAUGAGGCACCAUUGUUCACUCUUCCAUCCUACAUCAUGGAGGUUUAUGAAAAUGCAAAAAUUGGAACAACUGUGGGCACAGUAACAGCACAAGAUCCAGAUAGUACUAACAACUUAGUAAGAUAUUCCAUUGAUCACAAUACAGAAGACAGACACUUCACUAUUGAUGCAAACACUGGAACCAUUAAGACUGCCAAGGUCUUUGACAGAGAAGAAACCCCUUGGUACAACAUCACAGUCACUGCUUCUGAAAUUGACAGCCCUGGACUCUUGAACCAUGUCCCUGUUGAAAUUAAAAUUCUUGAUGUUAAUGACAACCCUCCAGAGCUUGCCGGGGACUAUGAUGUCAUUGUCUGUGAGAAUGCAAAGCCCAGCCAGGUUAUUCAGACGAUCAGUGCCACUGACAGAGAUGACAUUACAGAAGGGCGAAGUUUCCAUUUUGCUCUGGAUGACAAUUUUUCUUUGAAUCCCAACUUUACAUUAAAGGACAAUGAAGGUAAAUCAAAAACAUAACUGACUAGACAGGUCUCUAUGUUUGACUUCAGUGUCUCAUUGAACAGAAUCACUUUUGCCAAUGUGCAAAAAUCAUAG